CAUUUCCAACACCAAGUACCCUCUUAGCUCUAGCAAAAAACACACAUCCCAAAUUUUCACUUGUAAAAAUGGCUAAGGCUAUUAAAUCAUCAUCCAUUGCUCUUCUCUUCAUCACUUUGAACCUUCUCUUCUUCACAAUGGUUACUUCAACUUACAUCUCAUGUCCACCAAAGACUCAACACAAGAAUCCUCCAUCAACUUACCAUAAAUGCCCAAAGAACACACUUAAACUAAAGGUGUGUGCCAAUUUAUUGAAUGACUUGGUGCAUGUUGUUGUUGGAAGCCCAUUAUUGUCAUCAAAGAGUUCAUGUUGUUCUCUUAUUGAGAAUCUUGCUGAUGUUGAUGCUGCUGUUUGUCUUUGCACUGCCAUUAAAGCUAAUGUCUUGGGAGCUCACCUUAAUGCUGCUCUUUCACUCAGCUUGUUGCUCAACAACUGUGGAAAGACUGCCCCUAAAGGUUUCAAAUGCGCGUAAAUUAUCAAAACCAUCUCUAUGUGUUUGUUCAUUGUCUACAACUUCUUUUUUUUUUCUCGUUUGGAUUUAAGUUAUAUAUACUGACAGUGUAAAGAAUUUUUGCACUAUCAGUAUUAUGUAUGAGUGUUACAUGCAUGGUUUGCUUAUUUUGUUAGUAAAUGUGUGUGGAGUUAUUUUACUAUUUGGUUUGAAGGAAGGCUUCUCCUAUCCUUCUUUUCGCUCUGUUGUAUCCCAUUUUUAUUAGUUUGAUAUUUUCUGACGAGAUUAAUAAAAAAAUGGACAUUUAUGAAUUGA